AAACCGCAAACAAUGUUAAUUUACAAGGUGCACUUUUUAUCGCGCAGCGUUAUCUAGCGAAUUCCUCCAGACACAUGUUCCAGGUUUAAGGUAAGAUUAGGGGAGAUGUGAUUGCCAGGCAGUUGCCAUAUGGACGAGGCCUGUAGUGUUUACUGAGCGAUAUAAUGUGUUUGGAAUGAAAUGAAAAACUCUUCCAUUCCGUUUAACAUUUUCAACAAUUAGGUCCAAUUUUUCCAAAGUCCAAACAAAUAAUUAGGUCCAAUUUUUCCUCGUUAGACUUCCUCGUUAGAUUCAGCGGUUCAGCGAGCAGAACUGACAAAAUUGAAACAGCGGCCGUUUGGCAGCACUUCUCUUGUUGUGGCCAGACGUCAAAAGUCCUGGCGCUCCUGAAAUUUUUGCCUGCAAAAAAGGCUCAGCUGGUUCCGAGAAAGGUAUCCUGCGUUCCGUACCCGCUACAAAACAAUAGGGAUGAGCGCGUUAAUCUUGCGGCAAGGCCUCGAAGUGAAGGCCCAGCAGAGCUCCUAACUCGUUCUACGUCUUCGUGGCAGUAUCGUCAGUGGUAGAGUCGUGAUAGACGCCGUAAGGCAAAAAGAACAGAAAAAAUCAAGCGAAGCAACAUCAAAAAGCGGCUCCCGUGUAAUAAUGACCAUGCAAAACAGUACCAACAGCUACGCCGAGGCUGAGGGAGAAUUUGCGCCCUGCCCGUUGCUAGCAGAUGCCGCAAACUACAAUCCAGACACGCUGGAUUUGUACCAGGACCAGGAAGCGCAACGAUACUGGUUUGCUUGCUUCACCCAGAUGCUGCUAAAAUUCGAAAGGCAAGCGUCGAACAGCCAACCAAAGGACGAAACAGCGAAGGUUCGGGCGGAACAGUUCCGGAACCAUUGUGUGGAGGAGUUUAGCAAACUUAAGAAUGGCAAAGGCAACUUCACAACACUAGGCAUUAGGAAUCUUCUCGAAGUGGUGGAAUGUGCGUUGAAAAGGCACGGAUUUCACGAUCCCUGGAAGGAACAAAAGGCUAUAGAAAAUGACGCUUCGAUAAAUUUGUUGAACCAGAGACUAUGCCAGCUUGAUCAGUUGACAUGCGUACGGGAAAAGUGGACGGAAAUCAUUCGAGGAGUUUUAGCAGGUAACAUGUUCGACUGGGGGGCGCAGGCUGUGACACAAAUUUUAGAAACCAACAGCAGUUUUGGCCUCCAGCAAGCACUGGACCGGAUACAGAAAAGACCAUGGCUUAUCGAUGACUUGGACAGUUGGCUUGAUAGAAUAGAGGGUGAGCCUCACCGAUGCGCCACCAUCUUCACUGAUAACGCUGGCAUCGACUUUGUGCUCGGAAUUGUACCACUCGUGCGUGAAUUAUUAAAGCGCAAUACUAAGGUUUUACUGUGUGCGACGGUUAACCCGGCCAUCAAUGACAUUACCUUCUCGGAGUUGGUCAAUGUGAUCGAGGUAUGCUGCGAGCAAUGCGAAAUUUUGCACAAAGCCUAUUUCGACGAGCACCGCUUGGUCCUUCUCGGUAACGAUCAAAUCGGACCGUGUUUAGAUUUCCGAAUGCUUUCAAGCGAGUUAUGUUCAGCGAUCGAGAGAAACGGAGUGGAUCUUUUAAUUAUUGUCGGCAUGGCCCGCGCUCUACACACUAAUCUGAACGCGAAGUUCACGUGCGAAGCGUUCAAGUUGGCUGUUGUGAAGAACGAGUGGCUGGCCAACCGGUUAGGUGGUGAAACGUUUUCGGUGGUGUGUAAAUAUGAAAGCUAAUCUGGCGUUCUUCCUCACCCCGCAUCUUGAAAGAACAAAUUAGUGACGCCUCAAAAGAAACACUUGAACGACAAGUGAAACGAAACUUCAACUGUAAUAAAUAUGGAACAUGUUUAUAUCAUU